GAGCUAUUAACACGUGACUGUUGAGGACGCUAGCAGCUUCAGUUAGCUGUCUUGCGUCUCCGAGUUUAUGUUUUGCUUUUCUGUCUCCGUUUGACUCUCCUUGCUUGCGGUACUUGUCUCCAACGUUUGUCGCGUGAUUCUUAAAUUGUUGCUGGUCAGCUGGUGUCAGAAGCUGAUCUUCCUUCAGCUGUCAGAGGAAACAUGAACACGGUGGUGACCAAAUUAGAGCCCAAAUGGAUCAGUUUCACCUUCAGGCACCCUUGGUUAGCCGCUACGGCAGCCUCCAAGGUCAAGCUGUCCACACUUCCUCCUGAACCAGUCAUCCCAGCUAAGAAGCCUUUCAAGGUGGAGCUGGUUGGUGGGAAGCGUUACUCGUGGUGCACCUGUGGGCACAGCAGGAAGCAGCCUUUCUGUGAUGGAAGCCACAAAACCCGAGCCCAGGGCCUCUCCCCGCUACGCUUCGUCCCAGAGAAAGACGCCUCGGUUUGGUUGUGUGGAUGCAAACACACAAGCAACCCGCCCUACUGCGACGGCACGCACAAGCAGGACUUCAUUGCGUCUGCUCCGCUACAUGAACCAGCAGAGUCCUGAGGGUGGAGGGGGGUGCGUUUCCUGUCAGUGUUUUCAUCAGUUCGACUUUCAUGACAAAGACACUGUUGCAGUCACAUUAGGAUGACUUUACGGUAAAACAGCGAGCAGUUUAUACUGGGGGUAUUUAGCUAAUCGAAGGCCAAAUAUUAAGAUUCCUGCGGAAACAACCCGGCAGGCGGUCCAUGAAGAAGUUGGGAUGCAGUGCUACGCUGGCCUUGAUUUUGAAGCUCCAGUUUUGUGUCCAUGAGAUGAAAUUGGAGUUGGUGGCAGGCUGUGACAGUCAUUAGCCCACACUGCUCACUCCACAGAGACAAGUCACUCUCUUCUUUCCACUGAACUUUUGAAUGGUGUAUGUAAAGUAAAAAUAAACAGGGCAGUCUGUACUCUGA